AUGAAACAUGUAAGUUAAUAAAAAACUCAUACUAAAAACGAUUUAUAAAAUAAAGUAAAAUAAAAAUUAAUAUUAAACAAAUUUUUUUUUUUCAUUUUAAUUAAUAAUGUAAAUAAAUAAUUUUUAAAAAAAUUUUAGGAAUAAGAUUAAAAUUAAUUUCCAUAAUUAACUCUAGAAAAAAUAAUAGGUAAAGGCACAUUUGGAGUAGUAUAUUAAGCUAAAUUAGUAGAAACAGGUGAACUUGUAGCAAUAAAGAAAGUAUUUUAAGAUAAAAGGUAUAAGAAUCGUGAAUUCGAGAUAAUAAAAAUGCUUGAUCAUUAAAAUUUGAUAAAAUUAAAACACGCCUAUUAUACAUAAGGAAAAAAAGAAGAUGAAAUAUAUUUAAAUAUAGUAAUGGAUUUUAUGCCUGAAACAUUAUCGAAUAUAAUAAAAUAUUAUAGAAAAAACAAAUAAUAAUUUCCUCCAUUAUUAAUUAAAAUAUUUUCUUAUUAAAUGUUUAGAGGACUAGCACAUUUAAAAGGUUUAGAUAUAGCCCAUAGAGAUAUAAAACCUUAAAAUAUAUUGACUGAUUCUGCUAAACAUAUGCUUAAAAUUUGUGAUUUUGGUUCUGCUAAAAUACUUGUUAAAGGUGAACCAAAUAUUUCUUAUAUAUGCUCUAGAUAUUAUAGAGCUCCUGAGUUAAUUUUUGGGUAAGAAUAAUAUAGUACCAAAAUUGAUGUUUGGUCUAUAGGUACUAUUAUGGCAGAAAUGAUUUUAGGAGAGCCUUUAUUUCCUGGAGAAAAUUCUGUUGAAUAAUUAGUUGAAAUUAUUAAAAUUUUAGGCACUCCUACUAAAGAAUAAGUUUUAAAAAUGAAUCCUUUACAUAAUUAAUUUAAUUUUCCAUAAAUAAAACCUACUUAAUGGACUCGAAUUUUUUAAAAAUAAAAACCAGAUUCUUUACUUAUUGAUUUAAUCGGUAAAAUACUUGUUUAUGUGCCAAACGAAAGACCUAAUCCUUUAGAAAUAUUACUUCAUCCAUAUUUUAAUGAAUUAAGAACAUAAGAAUUUUAACAAAAAUAUCCUUUUAUAUAAGAUUUAUUUAAUUUUUCUGAAGAAGAGAAAAUGAGUUAACCUUAAUUAAUUAAUUUAUUGGUCCCCUAAUGGUAUAAAAACAUAUAAUUUGAUUAAUUAAAUAAAGAAUUUAAUUCUAAAUUGAAAUUACCUUAAGAUAAUAAAAGUUGA